CGCGGGUGGGGGGGGGGAAUGCUCCUUGAUCCGGAGCACGCGCUCCUGCGCUUCUUCCGCGUGGCUCUUGCAAGAGCGGGGAAAUGCCUUGUCCCGCUAAGGAAAGCUUUGCACCGGCAUUUGGUGAAUGAAGCUAAGAAGAGAAGGGAGGACGCUUCCCCCCUCCCUGCUUCUCCGACCUGCCCGUGUGUGUGUUUUGUAAGGAGGCUGCGAAAAGAGAAGGAGGAGGAGGAGGAGAAAACGGCGGCGAUGUUGGAAGCGUAGCCCUCGGCUUUUGUUCGGAACUUCAGUGACUCCAGCAGGAGAUUGCCAGGAUGGCCAUGGGCGUGCAGGAACAAUAUGAACCUGUGGCUGAAAUUGGUAUUGGAGCUUAUGGUACCGUCUUCAAGGCUCGGGACUUGCAGAGUGGCAAAUUUGUGGCGCUCAAGAAUGUACGAGUGCAGAACAGUGAGAAUGGACUCCCUCUGUCCACAGUCCGAGAGGUGGCCCUGCUGAAACGUUUGGAGCACCUUGAUCACCCCAACAUCGUGCGACUAAUGGAUGUUUGCACCACUACACGGACUGAACGAGAAACCAAAGUGACUCUGGUUUUUGAGCAUGUAGAUCAGGACCUGAAAGCCUAUUUGGAAAAAACACCACCUCCUGGCUUACCCUCAGAAGUAAUAAAGGACAUGAUGCGUCAGUUCUUGAGUGGCUUGGAUUUCUUACAUUCGAACUGCAUUGUUCAUCGUGACCUUAAGCCAGAGAAUAUCCUGGUGACCAGCGCUGGUCAAAUCAAGUUGGCUGACUUUGGACUGGCUCGUAUCUAUAGCUGCCAGAUGGCCCUGACACCAUUGGUGGUCACCCUCUGGUAUCGUGCUCCAGAAGUGCUGCUCCAGUCAACCUAUGCUACUCCUGUGGACUUAUGGAGUGUGGGAUGUAUCUUUGCCGAGAUGUUUCGAAGGAAACCUCUCUUCUGUGGCAAAUCAGAAGCUGACCAACUGGGCAAGAUCUUUGACCUGAUUGGUCUCCCGUCAGAGGAAGAUUGGCCAUUGGAUGUGUCUCUACCACGAUGUGCCUUUGCUGCUCGUUCCCCACAGCCUGUGGAGAACUUUGUGCCAGAAAUUGAGGUCCAGGGGGCUCAGCUGCUUUUGGAAAUGCUGACAUUCAAUCCACUGAAGCGUAUAUCUGCCUUCCAAGCCUUGCAUCAUCAGUACUUUCAGGACAAGAACGCAGGUGAAGGGUAGCACCCCGGCGAAUCCCUAAGCCUGGGGGAAGAGACUAUACAAAAGACUUCGUGAAUAUGCGUAUAACAUGAACCCCACCAAGUGGAUACACUCAGACUAGUCCCCAAGCUGUCCUGGCUGUGCUAGGAUUGAAGGGGUGGGAAGGACAAAGCUUUUGACAACAUGCAUGAAAACAGAGAGGGUCAUGUUGCAGGAAAUGCACCAUUGAAAUCCUUUCCCACCCUGAAAAUGUUAGGACUUUAUAGUGGCAUCUCUCCGUCACCGUGCAUGCGCAUUCUGUAUUCCUGGGUUGACCUCCAGUGGCGUUCUUGGAGGUCUGUUUGUUUUUGGGACAGCCUGGUUUGAGGCAUCUCGGCCAUCUAUGGGUUCUUUGCCAAAGGUCUCUUUUGGAUAGCCCCUUUUUCCUCUUAAUAAAAAUUUUAUAACAGUUUACACAUAAUAAUACUGCUGCCUUAUCACAUUCCUGUGGCUAACAGUUUGACACUAAAGCCUUGCCUUAGCACGUUGCAGAGCUCCACCAAAAUGGGAGCAGAAGAUUAUUUUUGUAUAAGUCUUCACAAUUCUUUUCUUUUUUUUAAUUGCCAAGACACUGGUCAGGACAGACCUACGCGGUUGGCUAUCUCGGCAUGGGGAACGUGUUCAGAUGAGAGAGGUUCUCCAUCUGUUCGAUUCCAAAUAUUAAUGUGAAACAUUUUUUUAAAGGCUUUUAAAAAUGAUAACAUUUCAAUAAAGGAUAUGGGUGAGGUCCAGGCAAGUAUAGUUUGGUCUUUCCCUUUUCUUGCCACCUGAAGUUGUCUCGUGUUGUGAUUAGCCUGGUGAAUGGUUAUCUGAGUUGGAUUGCUCAAGUGUUGAUUCAUCUACAUUUCAAAGAGCUUUCAGGAACAUAAAUUCAUAGUGCUAAACCUUUUGCUUUUCAAAUUGGAAAGCUGAUGCUUCACAUUGUGUGUUCUACGACAUGCACUGAUUUUUCAGAAUCUUCCAAAAGUUUAAGAGAGUUACUGUAAGUCCUGCUUGCUUGCCUGAUCUGUUAAUGAGGUUCCUGACAAUCUGAGACUGUAGUAGCCUCUCUGGAACAUUCUUGAGCUUUGCUUAGCGCUCCUCUCUUCUCUGCUCUCCUCUCCCUACCCCUCUCCUCUGCUCUGCUCUCCUUACUCCUCUUCUCUCCCUACCCCUCUCCUUUCCUCUCCUCUCCUCUCCUCUCCCUACCCUCUCCUCUCCCCUCCCUACCCCCUCCUCUCCUUCCUUUCCUUUCCCUUCCCUUGCCAUUUUCUUUUCCUUUCUCCUUAUCCAUUUUACUUUCUGUUACAGUUUUCUUUCCCCCCCCCCUUUUCCCAUCUCCCUUUGUUCUUGAGGGUUGCUUUGCCCUUUACUAUGGGUCUUAAUGAAUUUGAUGUAGUUCUACAAAACUAACACACUCCUUUACCAAGUAAGAUGGAGUAGCAGCUCUUGUCAACCUACAGAGAUGCCUGAACUAUCUUGCAAGGGUGAAAAGACAACUCCUGCUCCAGUUGGCAAAUCUUUGUUCCUAGGAUAAAACGGGGAAGAUGGCCAUGGUGAGGUGCACCUCUUCCUUUUUAAAAAAAAAUCCCGAUUCAACUCUUACGGCUUUUAAUGGACUUCUAGCAAAGGGCCUGAGGAAUCGUGAUGUAAAACCCAAAAGCACUGUUGCCAAUGCUUCACGAAUGUGCGAUUUAGCCAAGUAAAAAGACACUUUGUUUACAUUUUUACUUGCAAAAAUAUACCUUUGUUCUAAUUAAUUCGGGUUUUUUUUUCUUUCCUGAUGGAAGUGGGUAGUUGAAAUUGUUUAUAUGGGAGCUCGUACGUCAACAUUCAGGUAACUUCAACAAACUGCUUUUUGUGUGUUCUGGUUUUGCCAAGAUAAGCUGGAGUCUGGCUGCGUGGGAUGGAUAGCCAAGUUAAACAAUGUUUAGUGUGUUUUGCUAUUUCUUGAGAAGGGAGUGACUGUUUUAAGAAAGAAAGAAAAAAAACCCUUGACAGAAGUGCCAUAUCACAACCGAACUGGAAUCUAAGCCAUUCAAGUUUAAUUUAAAACUCAACUGGGAGCUCCGUUUAUCUUCAUGCUGUGAGAAUAUCAUGCUCAGCAUUUACUACAAGUAACAACCAUCUUUUUAAAAAAAUUUUUGCUAAUAUGUUCCUCCUAUUUUCCUUGUUUUAGCUAAAUUUUGGCAUAAACUGUUACAACUCUUCACUUGAAUAAGGUUCUGUCUCUUCCCCUUCGAUAUAUUAAUCAACCAUUACUCUAACCUGAAAUAUUUUGUUUAAAGAGGUUCCUCAUAAAAAUAUAUAUUUUGUACGCACCUGAUAUUUUGGUAUGCACCUGAUAUAUUUUGGUACGCACCUGAUAUAUUUUGGUACGCACCUGAUAUAUUUUGUACGCAACUGGAGACACAAACUGGGGAAAUUUGGCUGCUUUUUAAAUUUUUUUUACAAAUCAAAGCUAUUUCUAAGUUAACAGUACUUGUGAUGUAUCCAAAUCUCUGGGCAGCAAACUGCAAGUAUUGUAACUGCAUUGUAAUACAUUCAGUGGCGUGUGUUGUUAUGUAUUCUUCUGUUGAUAAUCAACGAUCAGCGCUUCAUAAUCUAUUUUGCUGUUUACAGACAUGACAGUACAUUAUACGUAUUCUUUAAAACAUACAUGUCUCUGGUACAUAUGUAUGCUCAGGGUCAGCUAUUGUAUGUGCCUUGUAUUGAAGUUUAUUUCCAUUUGCGUUGCUCAAGACACCACCUGUAUGUUGCUAUUUUGAUAAAAGAAAUAUACAAUU